ACAUUCUUAUGUAUAUUAUAUAUUUGAUAAUGGCUAUGGAUGGCGUACGUGCUGGAUUGUCUCUUUUUAACCCCUUCAGGAGGAUUGGAGUGAGCUGAGUGUGUGUAUGUGUGCAUGUUUGGGGGCAGGGGGUGUAACCACACUUAAUAAAGGCCUCGCCUGUGUCUAAUAAUCCCAAUCCACUCAGAUUAAAGGAUGACGUGUCUGUUAGAGCGCUACUUGGCUCAGACUCCAGCCACGUUGUGUCCUGGUGAGGGAAUACACCAUGCAUGAAUUACUUCAGUACAUGGGGUUUGACAAAGCAGCCUGGGACGUCUAAGGAGAAAUCUCGGUGUCUGAUCUGUAAUGACUUGAGUAGCUUCUUUGGACCAAUUGUGUAGAAAUGAAGAUCCAGAACUUUCACACUUUCUAAAACAGUUUUGUCCCACCAUUCUUCAUGGUCACUGGAACACCAGCGCCAAGUUGGGCAAAGGUAUCAUUCACUACUAAUCAAAAGUUUGGAAUUAAGAUAUUUUAUUUCGUUUUCUUUUUUUUUAAAUUUAAUCCUGGGAUGCGAAACUGAAUUUUUAGCAUCAUUACUGCUGUCUUCAGUCACAUGAUCUAAUCUAAUCGUUCUGAUAUGCUGAUUUGCUGCCGAAGAAACGGUUCGGGUAAGUAAGACAAAAAAAGAAAAACACUUUAAUUCAAAAAGGAUAAAUGCUGUUUUGAACGGUCUAUUCAUAAAAGGAUUCUGAAAAUGUAUUACAGUUUCCACAAAAAAAUUUUUAUAAUGAGAGUUUUCAAAUCAUAAUGUGACACUGAACUGUAGUAAUGGCUGCUGAAAAUUCAGCUUUGCGUUACAGGAAUUUACUCUAAAACAGCUCAUUUUCACCGAGAUAAUAUUAGAUAAUGUUACCAUUAUGCUGCAUUUUGAUCAGAUAAACGUCUUUUAGAGACGUCUUUUAGUAGCAUUAAAAAAUCGUAGCGACUCCAAACUUUUGACCAGUAGUUCAGGUAGCUGUCCUCCUUUUGUCAUACUGAGACUCUUGUGUGUUUUCUAGUUUCUCUCUUCACGAUCUUGUUUUUAAUGAGACAGUAAGGGAGGGGAAGCUCAUGCAUAUGCAAAUCAGCCAUGUUUAGUAUAUUUAUGCAGCAAGUAUGCCUCUUGCGCAUUGAAAUAUGGAUGCGAGUCCUUAAAUCUCAUUUGCAUCACAUACAUCUUGAGUGCAUUCCAAGUGAGAUAUAAUUGGCAGGGCAUCCAUGGGGGGAAGCGCAUGUGACAUUUAAAGUACCUGCAAGGAGGUCUCUGGCCAGUAGGAAAUGCUGUAGAAGGAUUUGUGUUAUCCUUCUUUUUUUUGUCUUUAUCUACAGUAUGAUACCCCUAUUAGUCCUGACAUUUGUAUUGGUAGAGUACUGAUUUAAAGUUCUUUUUUUUUCCCCCAGAAGCGGGCAGUGAUUAGAACCUCUGCCGUUGCUCCUUUCUCUCACAGUUGUUUUCUCUGUAUCUCCGUGUAAGUCUCACGGGGGUUUGCUGAUGCAUUAAUGUUUUAAUAUCCUUCUCUGUUACGUGCCCUUAUUGAUAUUUGUCAAGUCUUAUUGAUUUUCUCCUAAAAACUGCAGAAUGUUACGCAGAAAUAAGCCAUGCAUUAUUAAGAGUGUUUACACAAGCUAAGACUGACAUAGAUCCAUACUCGCACUUGCACUAAGGUUAAUUAAAUGCAAGACAUUAAGCUGCGUGCAUUUUGCAGACAUUUUAUCAACAGAAACAUUCGCAUUCAAGGUAUACAUUAUCCGUUCGUGCAUUCCCUGGGAAUUUAACCCGUGCUUUGCCGCUUGAGCUCCAGAAAGCAUCCGUGCAUCCAUUAUUUAAGUCAUGAAUGCAAUAGGUUGUUCUUUUCGCUGUGCAAAACGCUAGAGUAGAUGCACUUUUCUAUUCACAAGUGGAAAAGGUUCAUCAGGCUGGAGUCACUACCUGUGUCUAUAACUAUGGUUCACUAACAUACCUAUGGUUCCUAAAAAACAACAAAAAUUCUAACAGUUGUUGGAUUAGUGUGAUAAACCUGUUAGUGUUUGUUGGGGCAGUGUGAUAAUGACAGCUGUGUUUCGCAACAUUGUAAAUCUAACAUCAAUCCUUUGAAAUGUUGGGGGAAUAAAAUCUGCAUCCUUUACUCAACCUCAUAUCAUUCUAAAAAUCAGUGUAUUUCCUCUGGGGAACACAAAACAACAUAUUCUGAAGGAAGUUAGCACACCCCCCACCUCAUCCCACCCACCGCCCCAACGCAAUGCAGAAUUACAAUAUUUUUGUUCGUUGUAAGUUUCAGUGUUUCUAAUCUAAGAAUUUAGGCAGAUCUAAAAUUGCAAGUCUCAGGUAGCCAAAAAUCCUGCUGUGUUGUCUUUUCGCGGAUAGCUAAUGCAUUGCUUGUAUUCACUUUGUCAAAUAUGCUAAUUAAUGCUGUUUACUCUUAAACACUAAUUUGUGCUGUAGAGGGCAUCAGAAUGCUAAUACACAAAGCACAACUCAUAAAUAAUUGACUGAGCUAUGCAGAAUGCUAAUGGAUUAGCCACUGGCGGCAGUGGGAUGCUGCUGUGGUAAAACAGUGCACGUUGAAUGUUAAUGUGGCAAGAGAUGUCCAGGUGUACCUCUGGAAUGUGAAGAGAGGCACUGAUUCUAUUUAUGGCUCUUUCGUAUUCAAUAAAGAAACAACACCGGGGGCUUCCGAACCGAAAGCAUGUUGACAGUAAAUACUGCCUUAAGAGCAAUUCCAAACUGAUUUGCAGGACACAUUGGUGAAACCUAAUGUGAAUCCAAAAUUUUUUCGUUCUUUUUUUUUAGAAUAAAGCAUCUUAACCAUCUUUAAUCUUCUAAGGACUUUUCUGUAAUGCUCAAAAUGCUUCAAUUUGUAGUUACCUUGUUGCUGAACAAGUGGUGCGUUGUUAUACUACCUAUAAAUAAUCCAUUUGAAUUGUAUUAAAUCAAAUAAAAUCAAAUUUUGUUUAAUAAAGACACUUACCUCGCUUUGGAAGUGCUUGUAUGGUACCUUAAAGCAGCCAAGAAGUGAUGGAUUUCUUACAUAUUUUAACAGAUUAAUUAAUUCGUUUAACAGAUUACAAAAAACAAAAGAAAAUCGUCAGGUGCAGGUUGCUUCUAAGCAUGAGUUGUUGAUUUGGAUUGUAUUAAUAUUUAAGUCAAAAUAAAUGUGAAAAAUAACUCACCAUCUACAUUAUAAUGUUUCAUAUGAAUCCACAAUGCAUAAAAAUUCAUAAUAGCUUAAUAAGCCUUUUGAAGCCUACUUGUGGAGUAGUUUGGGUGCCAAUGUGUUUGGAUUUUAAAGAUGAGGCACUUAUCCCUCUCUUUUUUUGGCUAAUGUUGAAAGAUUCUGGUUUAAGGCCAAUUUGGCUGUUAUGUUGAUAUGCAUUACCCACAAAAAAAUUGUUAAUUUUCACCUACAUUUGGUGGGUAUUAAUUUUCAAACCCUGAAUAUCACACUUAGAAAAGAUAUUAGUUUCUAUAUCCAGCUCAGUAGGUUUUCAGUAACAUAAUCGCAUAAUCAUUUUGGUGUCUAAAGCAAAUCUUCUGCAGUCUAUCAACUGGAUAGUUCAAAAUAAGGCUGCAGCAAUACACUUAGCCCACGGUUCAAUACAUAACUUCCUUUCAUGCUCUGAUGUGGCCUUAACAGAGUUAUUUCAAACAUUCAACUCAUUUUGUAGAGUAAGACCAUUUUACAACGUUCUCUUUUGUUGGACAUCAGGUUCAGAAAUGCUCCUCACUGCACGUCUUUACAGCAGAAGAUGUUUUUUUUCAAAUGCAAGAGGGGAGACGUUUCCUCAUGUCAGCAUGCAGACUCGUAUUAAAAAUAAUUAAAACACAAAACCGAAAAAUAGCAAUUCACACGUACUGAACCAUAGAUGUUGUAAGCGGUUAAAUAUUCCAGGGACAAUUGUGGCAUCACUGGUUCAAAGUGACAUUUAAGUUCAGACUCGACUAGUAUAGAUGCAUCUAAUGAGCCAAGGUGAAGGUUCACAUGGAUCACUCCGUGCAUUAAGGGGUCAGUAGUGUCUUAGCUUUGAUCCCAUUGCCAGUAGCUCUGACUGUGAUUGGCAAUGGGACAGAAAUAACCAAUUCGCGGGUUGAUCGAGACCUCCAGAUGACAUACUGCUAGUACAGAUGACUAGGUAUUGCAGAUCUGAUUAAGGUGAGGCAGGCAUUAUUUGCUGAGGAGGCAGAAUUAUUUUUCUCCACACCAAAGCACUGAGGGCGACUACACCUAGUGCUUGGCUGUAGAGACCAUUCAGUAGAAAACCUCCAUUCGGUUGUUAUACAGUAGCUGCCUAAGAUUGAGACUUUUUUUUUUUCAUUCUCCGUUAGCUGAUAUGCCUUUUGCUAAAGCUCACAAUACAACAUCUUUUGUCCCAGUGGAAAAUGCACUUACUCCGUUUCUUGGCUCUGACUCUUUGCACACUUUCAGGACGCUUAUGCGCUUAAGUGAUUAAGAGACGAAGUGGGAAAUCGGGUUAAUUCAGCUUAGAAGUGUCUCUAGGCGGGUGGGAGCCACAUCAGGGUCCCCAGGGCCUCAAACCUAUCCUACAUCUGUCUGCCGGAGUAUCUUGAGUUCAGCAGGUUUUAGACUUCGUUUUGGUUAUUUUGCGCAGGUAAUUCCACAUUUGUUGGUGAUGAAAGACUGUUUGUCCAUCAACCUGCUGUUUAUUUAGAGCUUUAUAUCUCUGGUCUCCCCCCUGAUGUGCUUUGGCAAUGGUUGUACAACUGGCUAGGCUUACUCUGUGACUCUUUACAAUAGAUCGAGUUUUCCUGUCAUCUCUAAAACACAUGGGUGGAGAGUCAUCCUGGCACCUGUCUGGUCCUGAAACCACCAUUACAUGACUAACGUUGAUUGGUGACACCAAAAUGACGUGGCUGGUGGAGCAACUGUCAUGGCACAUUGGUGUCUUUUGCACCCUGUCAGGACAGUCACAUUGUUGCAUUCUAUGAACGUAUCGCCUCCCUUUCUCUGUAAGGAGGCGUGUCGCUGGUGUGUAUUUAAAAUAGUGGAAUUCGACAGCAGUCUCAGCAUGUCUGCAGAACUGGAAAAGCAGGGUGUAGUGCAAAGGUGAUCUCUAGCAGCGCUAACGUUUUUUAUUUAGCUCGGUUAGUGUUUGUAUCCGUCCCAGGACUCCCAGCAAACGCGUGGACACGGGCUGUUGAGAAGUUGACAGGCCGGUUUUGAGAAUCAGUGUGUCGUACAUACUGGACGAGGAGGCAGGAAGGGACGGGGGUGUAAGACCCCAGGUCCCGCAAGGGGCAUCUAAAAUGGGGACGGGAAGCCGGGAGCAGGAGUUUGGUCAGCCAGGGGCCAUGGGAGGCCCCCAGGGGUCCAGGCAUCGUCAGCAAGAGCUGCCUCUACGAAUCCUAGUGCCCACUCAGUUUGUGGGAGCCAUCAUUGGGAAAGAGGGACUUACUAUAAAGAACAUCACAAAGCAGACACAGUCCAAGGUAGAUAUCCAUCGUAAGGAGAAUGCAGGAGCCACUGAGAAGGCCAUCACUAUCCACUCAUCUAAAGAGGGCUGCUCACAAGCCUGCAGGAUGAUCCUGGAAAUAAUGGAAAAAGAGGCCAACGACACCAAGAUUGUUGAGGAGGUUCCUCUGAAGAUCUUGGCCCACAAUAGCCUUGUUGGGAGACUCAUAGGGAAGGAGGGCAGGAAUCUGAAGAAGAUAGAGCAAGAUACCGGGACCAAGAUCACUAUUUCUUCAUUACAAGACCUAACUAUAUACAACCAGGAACGUACCAUCAUGGUGAGGGGAGGGGUGGAGGAGUGCUGUAAUGCAGAAGUGGAGAUCAUGAGGAAGCUCAGAGAAGCCCAUGAGAAUGAUGUGGCUUCACUUAAUCAGCAGACUAACAUGAUGCCGGGUCUGAACCUGAACGCGUUGGGGAUCUUCUCUUCUGGCUUGUCUGUUCUGCCUCCAGCCUCGGGUCUGCGUGGAUCUCUGUCCGCUCCAGCCAACUACAGCCCCCUGCUGGGCCCUCCAUCAGUAAUGGGUGGUCUGUAUGGGGUUCCCUCCUCUGGAGCGUUGUCUCUUCAGCAAGCAAAUGCCGAACAGGAAGUGGUCUACCUCUUCAUCCCCACUCCAGCAGUAGGAGCUCUCAUCGGGAAGAAAGGGCAACACAUUAAAGAGCUGGCACACUAUGCUGGAGCCUCAAUAAAAAUCGCUGCACCAGACAAUCCUGAUGAUCCUGAGAGGAUGGUCAUUAUCACUGGACCACCGGAGGCUCAGUUCAAGGCACAAGGGAGGAUAUAUGGGAAGUUAAAAGAGGAGAAUUUUUUCACCGCUAAGGAAGAAGUGAAGUUGGAGGCGCAUAUAAAAGUGCCUUCGACCGCUGCCGGACGAGUCAUCGGAAAGGGUGGCAAAACGGUCAAUGAGCUGCAGAAUCUCACCAGUGCUGAGGUCAUUGUACCACGGGACCAGACACCAGAUGAGAAUGAUGAAGUGUUUGUUAAGAUAAUUGGACAUUUCUUUGCCAGUCAGACGGCCCAACGUAAGAUAAGGGAGAUCGUUCAACAGGUCAAACAGCAAGAGCGGAAACACCAGCACGGUGCCAACACCCUCACAACCAUCAAAGUGAUCAGCGGACGCCAGCCAGCAGCAGCUAAUGAAUGUAGCUCGUGCGAGGACAAAUCCAAAUUCAAGACAUAGACAAAGCAGGAGUGAGACAGAGCGGGAAACGGAGACAGGGGCCGACGAAGAGGACCAGCAGUUUAAAACAACCAAAGAACUUCUAGCACAAAAAACCGUUCGGUCGUGCGGAUGUGAGCGAGGACGAUGGAGAGCGAUAUCAGGUCAGAGAUCUUUUCAUGACCGCGGACCUGAUAGGUUUGUGCGCUGUGGAGCAGACUGCUGGAUGAGGUGAAUGCACACUGCAGGUAGCGGGUCUAGCUGUGCGUUAGAUCUACUCAUUUAUUAGGAGAUAUAAUCAAUUGCGCAGCAACAAUUCUAUAGGUUUAUUCAACGGAAUUUCGAGCUAUUUAGCGUGAGCAAUCAAAUCAGUUUAUCAACCUUUUCUAGUAACUAGUUAGUACAGCACGGUAACUAAAAGCGUUAAGUGACGUUACAAAGUAAAGGAGUGCUUGCUGUGUGCCGGCAUUUCACUUCCAGUUCCUCUUUUCUACUGCUGAGUCUCUGAGCAUCGCUCCUCUGCUUGCUGCCCUGUUCUCGUUUCUCUUUAUUUAAACGAUUUAGCUUUUUUCUUAAAUGUUUCCCAACUUAUUCAUCACACGAAAGAAGAGCAGUCUGUGUGCCAACUGUUUUAAAAAAAGAAAAAGAAGUACGGUCCCUAAAGAGAGGCAGAUCUAGAUCCCGUUACUUUGGGAAUCUAAUGUUGAUACCCCGUACUCCCUUACGCCUUACACUACUGUUCUAAAGUUUGCGGUUGGUGUGUUUUUUUUUUGGUUUUCUGUUCCACAAGGACGCAUGAAAAAGAUCAAAAGUGACAGAAAAGAGAUUAUGUUGCGAAAUAUGCCUAUUUUAAAAUGUAUUCAUCUGUUUUAUAAUAAGAAUCCUGAAAAGAAGUAUCAUGGUUUUGAACAUGGAACAGUGCUUCAUACCUUUUUUUUUUAAAUAAAUGUUUCUUUAGCAGCAAAUCAGCACUGCUAUUUUAAGUUGUAAUAAUAUUUCAUCUUCCCAGCCUGAACUUUUGAAUGGUAGUGUACAUUUGGUGUGCAGUCCUUGUCUGUAGGUCCUGUAACGGGAGCCCGUGGGAGUCCUUGAGGUCUUCCUGACACUCGUGAAUGUAUAUGAUGCGUAUGCCUUCUGCAGACAUGUACUUCCUGUAUAGCGAACAUAAUUUCCCUUUCCCCUCUCUGAUUUCACCUGCUUAGGUGGGUGCGCUCAAUUGAGUUUGCAUUCAUAAAUGCAUUUUGGACAAGUGAAUAGACAGUUGUUUGUAAAGUUGAUGCGAUGGGUGAGGGAUGACGUCGUUAAGCCUUUUAAUGUUGCACAUCCGAAAGGCUAAUGGAAUAAAAAUAUAAUAAUUCUUAAUGUACUGUAUAUAAGUGACAGUUCAAAAAUAUCGGUUUGUAGUAUUUCUUGACUGAUCAAAUGCAAACAGCCGGCAUUGCAGCGCCGUACGGUCAUAGAGCAUGACAUUGAUAUAAAGCAACUCGUACAACCGUGAUUGAGACAUGAAAAUGAUAUAUUGAAAGUCCACGCAGCUUCGUGUGAACCAGUACAAUAUACCGUUCUACCUCAAGAACAGGGUACCUCAAUCUGAUAUUUUCUCCCUUUUGCAUAUUUUGUAUACCUUGUAAAGCUCUCAGACUUAGAGCAUUUUUUUUAUUUUUCUAAAUAAAAGAACAAGAAGAAAAAAAGGGUUAGCGCGAGGCACCAACUUGGCCUGCUCGUUCUUGCGAAAGAGGUUUCAGAAACUUGAUUGUUGCUUUAUGGACCGUUUGACUCAAACGAGCUCUCGAGGUCAAUGCGACUCUCGGGCAGCCGAACACUUGGGUUUGACAGUACUUUGUUUCUUGCAGUUUACGUUUGAACUGAAUUAAUCGUCUCAACAGAUAUAUAGUGUCUAAGAAUACAGCUUAAUCCAACCGUACGCAGUGUUCUUCAACCUGUAUUUAGAACGUUAUCUUUAUGUUACUCUUUUACAAGUGGCUCUGUCAUUUUUCUCUGUUUUGGAGGUCAUAUCUGAUGGCCAAUAACAAACAAAGUCGGUUUUGAAUGUUAUUCUAACAGCAUAUUUGUGAGGUUUUAUUAUAGGAAUAAUCUUCUCCAGUUUACUGCUGAAUGUUAACAAUUAUAGUAGACGCGAUUUUAAUUUGAUCCUUACAAUUUGGGUUUCUAUAGGAAAAUUUCGCUAUGUCCAGCGGUCUCAAGACCGUCUCUUCUCAUAUCAUUUACAAAGAAAACUCUUUGCCGUAUUACUUCUGCAGCUCUUUGUGUCUGUUCCUCUUUGUUGACCACUUGUGCAGUGAAUACGUCUGGGUGUUUGAUAAGCUUGUCCCUCGUCUGAUCAACGCUUAUGAUGAUGUCAAACGAUGUAAAAAUGGGUAAACAAACUAAUUUCAGAUCUGGGCAAAAAGGGGACAUAUUCCAUUGGUAUACUGUUGGCUCGAGCCAAGAGCGGGUGAGUUGGGGACAAUAGGAGUGUGAGUGAACAAUCACGAAUCUGUUUUUAUGUUUUCUGGAAGGGUCACACUACCUUUCACAUGGAUAUGAGCAAUAAAGAGUCUUUAAAAUAA